AUGGCUGUAAUGGUGAUUCUCAAUCCUUGCCUGGCUCUUUCGCGAGUGUAUGAAACGGAUUUCCAAUCAGCAGUUUUAAUUGAAGGAAUAGGAGUUGUGGCUCAGUGUGAGAUUGUUUUGAUGCUGGUUUUAUAUUUGUGGAAAGAAUUGGUAGUGUCAGCCUACGCGUGGCUUGGAUCGCUCCCCUUCCUGCAUAUUGUUUGUCUGGAGAAACCUCAUGACAUUGUCGUCAUGCGGCGAUCCUACGGCCGGGGUUCGGAGUACGUGAUCGGCCAGGCAGCAAAAACGGGGCCGAGAUCUUCGGAGCCGGGCCCGGUAAAGGAUCAAACUAAGCAAUUACAUCCCCUGGCUGUGUCGAGGCUGAGCAAUGAGCUUAACAGUUCUCUAUGCGUAUCAGGUGUUGAAAUGGAGACAGAGAUUAGCGGUCUGCCUUGUGGAGUUGAGCCUGUUCUGAGGCUCAGUUGCUUCGGUCUAACAGAUGAAGGCCAUCAAUUGAGGCUAACAAUUAAAGACCUGGGUCUUGCCCAAGCGCCAGGUGGACGGUCCGCGGUAAAAGCUAAAGCUACGGCUUCUCGCUUCCGGCCAUUUCCAGAUACAGCAGAUGCCAUCCCGGCAUCGCCAAGCCGAAGGGUGACAAACAAUGACAAGUGGAUGGACAUUGACAUUGACUUGAACAAUUCCAAGAGGCAGUGCAACUGA